AUGUGCCAACGGAGCUUUCUGUUCCUCGGCAUACUGCUGAUAGCCGUAAUCGGCAGCCAAGCAGAAACAGUGCCCUGCAAGUUACGCAACGUGGAUAAUGGAAAGGUGUGCGUUUGUUCUGAGGAUCAUUGUGAUUAUCUCGAGAAUCCCACGCUUGAAGAUGUGAAUGAGUUUGCGAUAGUUUCUAGUUCGAAGCAAGGACUACGAUUCGCUACGCUAGGCGGAGAGUUUCAGAAGGACGAGAAAUACACUGUGGCCGACUAUGAGGAAAGUGAGGCUACUAAGAGCAAUCUGACUGAAGAGGUAUCCAAAUUCGAUGUCAUUGCGUUGCUGGUGGAGAAGGCUACGGCUUUUUUGGAGCUAGCGGAAGAUAGUCAGAAGAAUUCACGUGCCAGCAGCAUCACACGCUCAGUGACUCUGAGCGUAGAUCGCAGCAAGCAGCAUCAGAAAAUUGUGGGCUUCGGGGGCAGCUUCACGGGAGCUGUUUCCUAUCUGACCGACCAGUACCCACAGAAACUGCAAGAUCAUCUCUAUGAGUCGUUUUAUGCUGCCGAUGGCUUGGGUUUUAAUUUAAUGCGCAUCAGCAUUGGAGGCUGCGACUUCGAUUUGGGACCCUGGGCCUACAACGAACAACCCGAAGGUGACGCCACGCUGAGUGCAAUGGAAGAGCUGGACGACCGGGAUGUCCUUAGGGUGGCGCAAAUCAAACGUCUCAUCGAGGUAUCUGGCAUUGAGAACUUGCGUAUAAAGGCCGCGGCUUGGAGUGCACCUCCUUGGAUGAAAACGAACAACAGGUGGACCGGCUUUGGGCGAUUAAAGCGCGAAUACUAUCAGGCCUGGGCGGAUUAUCAUAUUAAGUGGCUGGAGCUAAUGGAGAAGAAUGGUCUGCCCAUUUGGGCUAUCUCAACGGGCAACGAGCCACUCAACGGCAUCUUCUUCAUGUACUUUGUGCGCUUCAUGAGCAUGGGCUGGACACCCCAGAAACAGGCGGUAUGGCUAGAUGAGCAUUUGGGACCAACGUUACGCAGCUCCAAGUUUAAGGAUAUUGUGCUCUUUGGCAACGAUGAUCAGCGCUGGAGCUUCCCUCAUUGGUUCAAAAUGAUGAAUCAUACACGCCCGCACUCGAUUGACUAUCUGGAUGGAUUAUCAGUGCAUUGGUAUUGGGACGAAAUUUUUGGCCCCAGUCUUAUGGACGAAACCAACGACUACCUGCCCGAUAAGAUUCGUAUUGUAUCUGAGUCAUGUAUUGGCGAUAAGCCUUGGCAAAAGUCAGCUCCACUUCUGGGAAGCUGGGAGCGAGGUGAAAAAUAUGCUCGUUCCUUCCUACAGAACUUGCAACAUGGCUUGCAUGGCUGGAUCGAUUGGAAUAUCAUACUCGAUGAGAUUGGCGGCCCCAACUAUGUGGAUAAUACUGUGGAUGCACCCGUCAUAGCCAAUACAACAACUUUUGAAGAGUUCUACAAACAGCCCAUGUUCUAUGCCAUGGGUCACUUCUCCAAGUUUGUGCCCGAGGGUUCCGUACGCAUUGACGCCAUAGCCAGCAAUGUUAAUCUGAAUACUGUGGCCUUUGAGAGACCAGACGGUCAAAUCGCGGCCGUGCUCUUCAAUAGUGGACGCGCCGAUCUGGACAUUACGGUCGUCGACAGUGUACGUGGUACGCUGAUAAUCAAUGUGCCCCCCAAGUCCAUUCACACACUACUUUAUAGUUAGAUACUUAGUAUUGUAUUUGCGAUUUUUACAAAAUAAAGGAAGAAACUUGAGGUAA